AUGGACGUCGCGCUUGAUGUUCUCGAUACCUUUGUCUUCGACAAGCUUUAUGCGGUUCUUCUACCGGCCAGAUCGUUCGAUCUUCUGGACGAGGACUCGCUGCAUGGUUACAACCGCCAUAUCAAUCGAUAUGUCACCCUCAUGCCAUCCCAAUACGCUGUGCAGAGCAGCUGGUCCCGAGACAAUGUUUUCCGGCAGUUUUUGAGUCUUUUUAUCAUGAUCUGGGGCUUCGGUCUUCUGCUCUACCUGGUCAGUGCCACCCUCUCCUUCGCUCUGGUCUUCGACAAACGUGCGAUGCAACACCCCAAGUUUCUUCGCCAUCAGAUACGUCUUGAAAUCGGGCAAGCAUUGCGCGCAAUGCCCGGGAUGGCAGCCUUGACCGCUCCUCUCUUCCUGGCCGAAGUGCGAGGAUACAGCAAGCUGUACGAUUUUCCCGCAGAAAGUCCCUUUCCACUGUAUACCUACCUGCAGUACCCACUCUUUAUCGCAUUUACCGAUUUCGCCAUCUACUGGAUUCAUCGAGGACUGCAUCAUCCGGCCAUCUACAAACACCUGCACAAGCGGCAUCACAGGUGGAUCAUCUCGACCCCCUAUGCUAGCUAUGCCUUCCACCCAGUCGACGGAUGGAGUCAGAGUCUUCCAUACCACAUCUAUCCGUUUGUCUUUCCGCUGCAGAAGGCGGCGUAUUUGGGACUCUUUGUUUUCGUCACGUUCUGGACAGUCAUGAUUCAUGACGGAGAGUAUGCUCUCGAUUCCCCAGUGAUCAACGGAUCUGCCUGCCACACUAUUCACCACUACUAUUUCAACUACAACUAUGGGCAGUUCACCACACUCUGGGACCGUAUUGGAGGAAGCUAUCGCAAGCCAAAUCGGGAGCUGUUCAACAGGCAAGAACGGCUCGAGCAGACCGAGAUCAAGCGGCAAGUGGAGGAGAUGGAGAGAUUGUGGGGAGCUGCUCAUCGUCAUGGCGAGAACCCGACAGACACGGGGAUGGCUCGUCUCACAUUGGAUGAUAACGAUGCGCGUGUGCGACGAUGGUUCGCCGGAGAAGUUGAAAAGCUCGGAUGUUCGCUGUCCGUAGAUCAGAUGGGGAACAUGUUUGCACGCCAGAAAGGCAAGCUGCAGACAUCUGCUCCCAUGAUCGCCAUGGGAAGCCAUCUUGAUACACAACCACGGGGCGGUCGGUACGAUGGCAUUCUUGGAGUGAUGGCGGCGCUGGAAGUGCUACGAACAAUGAAGGAGAAUGGAUUCCAGACCAACUACGAUGUUGGGAUUGUUAAUUGGACCAAUGAAGAAGGAGCUCGAUUCCCCAAGUCAAUGUGCUCGUCUGGGGUUUGGGCUGGAGCUAUUUCAAUCGAAAAAGCCUGGGAUCUGCGUGAUAUACAUGAUUCCAGGGUGACCCUUCGAUCUGAGCUUGAGAGACACGGAUUUCUCGGCCAGAUCGAGUGCUCACAUACUGCAUAUCCCCUUGCGGCGCAUUUUGAGCUUCAUAUCGAACAGGGCCCCAUUCUACAGGAGACAAGACGUUCCAUCGGCGUCGUUCAGGGCGCACAGGGAUACAGGUGGUUUACUUUCAAGGUCAAGGGACGCGAUGCACACACGGGGACGACGCCCUUGAGUGCCCGCCAAGAUCCCCUACUUGCAGCCUCGCGAAUGAUUGCAGCGUCGAAUGACAUCGCUCGGAAGCACAAUGCUCUUGCCUCGACGGGGAUCUUCAGGAUUCCUUCUAAUGCAUCAACUAACACGGUUGCAUCCGAGGUUUCCUUUACGCUUGAUAUCCGACAUCCGCAAGAUAGCGUGGUACAUGCAGUGCAAGAAGAAUGCCUGCAGGCCUUUUCUGCCAUUGCCGCUCAGGACGGCAAAGGGGUCACCUUCGACUGGACGUUGGACACCGAUUCGCCGGCUGUGAAGUUUGAUCAGGGGUGCCUCGAGUCCAUCCAGGCAGCGGCCAACCACCUCGUUGGUCCCGAUCAGUGGAUGAAUAUAUCCAGCGGCGCUGGCCACGAUAGCGUGUAUACCAGCCAUCACUGUCCGAGUGCCAUGAUCUUUGUACCCUGUCGCGAUGGUGUCAGUCACAAUCCGACGGAGUACUGUAGUCCCGAGCACUGUGCUUUGGGUGCUCAAACCCUGCUCGAGGCUGUGGUUCACUACGACCAGACUAGGGUACAAAAUACUUGA